UUGUGCUAAGAUCAUUCGAUGCACUAAAGGAUCGUCAUCCAAUUUGAAACGGCAUCUGACUGCAAAACAUGUCGGAAUACCUUUAAAACGCGUUAAUGCUUCCUCGUCGAAUGGAGAGUGUAAUGUUGAGGAAUGUACCCCAAUUCAACAAUCCUCAGCAGGGAUUUCUCGACCGGCCACCAUGGACUCUUUCUUUACUCCACUGAAACCGCUUACAUCAGAAGCCAAAAAAAAGCAGGAUGAGCUUUUAUUAAAACUAAUUUGCCAAGAGUCGCUUCCUUUCUCUAUUACCGAAAGUGAGGCGUUUAAGAAAUAUAGUUAUGGAUUAAAUCCAAACUAUGAAUUACCUAGCCGCAAAACUGUUUCAGAGGCAAUUUUGAAUCGGGAGUACAACAAAAGCCUGCAAAAGGUCAAAACUGCUUUGGAAAAUACCACAAAAAUAGCGCUGACCUCAGAUGGAUGGUCGAACAUCAAUAACACUAGCUUUUAUGCACUAACAGCACAUUACAUCGAUAACGAUAAUAAGUUAUGUUCCAAUUUACUCGAAUGUUCGGAGUUUCCUUAUCAACACACUGGACAUAAUAUUGCUGAGUGGGUAAAUGAAGUAACAGAGAAGUUUGAUAUAACGGAGAAAGUAGUUGCUUUAGUAACUGACAACGCGAGUAACAUGUCAUCAGCUGCAAAAGAACUAAAACAAGUGAAUCAUUUUCCAUGUUUUGCACACAGUUUAAGUUUAGUUGUUAAAAAAUCGAUAGAAAAAGCAAUUGAAACCACAGUUGACGAAGUAAAACGUAUUGUUACGUUCUUUAAAAAAAGCAGUACGGCAACCAAAAAACUUUCCGAAGUGCAAACACAAUUGAAUUACCCCGUUCUUAAACUAAAACAAGACAUUGUUACUCGCUGGAAUUCUACUUACGAUAUGCUGGAACGGUUUUAUAAGAACAAAAUACCAUUACUAUCUUGUUUAGAUACAAUUAAGAUGAAAACUUCACUACAAAACAAAGAUUGGAUUGUGAUAGAGCAGGCAAUCAAAAUUUUACAAAACUUUGAUUACGCAACAAAAAUUGCUUCAUCAGAAAAAACCGUUACAUUAUCACACAUGGGACUCCUUAUCAAAAUUCUCAUCACUAAAACUACUGAUUUGUUGAACGAAGAAUUAGAAAGUUCAGUGCGAAAAUUAGGAAACUAUUUGAUUCAUGGUCUUGAAGAAAGAUUUGAUCCCAUGUUUCGAAAUACGAUCGUAAAUCAAGCAAUGCUACUCGAUCCACGUAUGAAACGGCAAAGUUUUGAAAACGAAGAAAAUAGAUACGAAAAAACAUACCAAUCUAUUAUCGAUAUUAUCGAAACAAUCUAUCCAAAUCAGAACAUUGUUAAUACAGCCACAUCAAACUCUCAAACUCAAGACAACCAAGAAAAGGAUCAAUAUCGUCAACACUUAUUUGGAGACUUUGUCAGUAGGAUAUCUAUUAGGCAAGUGGCUUCCGAUCCUAAAACUAAAGCAAAACAAGAACUAGACGGUUACAUUGCAUCGGAAUAUGCAGAACUAGAAUCUGACCCUUUGGCAUGGUGGAAACAAAACCAAUCUAGGUUUCCAAACCUGUAUAAAUUAGUACAAGGUAUUUUUUGUAUACCAGCCACAUCCGUCCCGUGCGAACGAGUAUUCUCAAAAGCUGGACAAAUCUAUACCGAAAAAAGAUCGCGAUUGGAUCCUAAAAAACUUACUGAGCUACUUUUUCUACAACACAACGGUUUUUAGAUUAAUUAAGAACUUUAAAAUUAAGUUUCAAUUGUUUGAAUUCAAAGACUGGUCAGAGUAAUUGAUUAGGAACUUCCAAACGAUUUAAUCUUUGCAUAAAUACAUUUUUACUCUUAGAUUUUAUUUGAGGAGUUCUCAAUAGUUAAGCUGAAAUCGAUUUAGUUUAUAAGGA